CAGCUGGGAUAUGAAAUCCCAUGGCUGAUCAUGUGACAUUUGUGUAGCUGAAAAGUUUUCCGCUGCCAUCGUUUGCCUUUUCUGUAUUUUCCAACGGCGUAGUGAACCAAUUCCUUUAAUUUUCCUGUUUAAUAGACUCAAUUGGUGGAAACUGUCUUCAUAUUAACAGUAUUAAAGUACACGAGUUACAAAAUGGAAAACGCUUGGCUACCCCCUAUAAUCAUCACCUGUAUCUGGGCAUUUAUUGGAAUAAUUUGUCCAUUUUUUGCUCGUGGUCCCAGUAAGGGCGUCACUCAAUGCUGUUUGAUGUUGGUCGCGGCCACCUGUUGGUUGUUCUGGCUGUGCUGUUAUAUGACGCAAAUGAACCCACUGAUUGGACCUCAACUAACCAUGAACGAAAUCAUGAUAGUAGCUCGUGAAUGGGGAAACCCAAUCAAAGACCAAAUCGACAUAACAUACUAAAUAUUAGUACUUGCGUCAUUCGUCAUCAGCAUUAUUGCUGAAGGCCUCCUGUUAACAUUGUAUUAUAUUAUAAAUUUUGUUUGUUAUGUUUGUUUACCAAUGUAAACUGAACGUGCCUAUCUAUUUCAUCCUGCUACCUUUUAAGCACAAAAACAUAUCUAUUAGUUCAAGUCGCAACUUAUUAACAGCUGCAUUAAAUGCAAUGCUGAUACAUAUAUCAAGGUUUCGCAGUUCCAAUUUUUGGAACCCAAUGCAAAUACGUAAAAUAAAGUGGCCUUAUAUAAUUGAAAUCGUUAACAAAAAUAAAACACGACAGAGAAACUAUAAGAAAAGUCGAAAAGAAAACUUGUUAUUAAUACAUAUUAAGAAAUACUUAAGUAUGUAAUAAAUGUAGCCUUUUACACUUAACAAUA